AUGGAGGGAAUGCUCGAUUGUCUCCUCAAAGCAUUGGAAAAUCUUCCCAUCGGAAAAGGCCGGAGUUAUGAAAAAAACCCCAAUCAGCUGAAUAUUGUCUACGCCCAUCAUUAUUUGGCGAAAAAUGGUAAAUGGAACGAAAAUAUUCGGAUGAGUGAUAUUCCUUUGCUGCAAAAUGACAAGCAAUGCACGGUCUGGGAGGUCGGUGCCCACACAUCUGCAGCCGAUAGUCAAAAAAUGAAAAAACAGUACCCACAUUGUACAUUCCACGCUUUUGAGCCGGUGCCUCUAUUUUUCGAUGAACUUGUCACAACUCUUGCGCACGACCCUUUACACUACGUGGCUCAUGGCUAUGGUCUGGCGAACGAAAGUGGGCGUUUUCGAAUUGAUCCAAAUUUGUUAGAUGGUCAAGGGACGUAUCUCGGCGCGCCCGCUGUAGAAGUUGUGUUGAAAGAUGAAGAGAAACCGCCUCAGUUCGGUGUGUUGAAAACGUUUGAAGAUGCGAAAAAAGAAGCUGGUAAUAAGGCACCUUCAUUACUACAUGUCAAUUGUGAAGGAUGCGAAUGGACCAUGAUGCCCCAACUACUUCAGAAUAAAUUUUUUCUGGCCAACAUUCCAUUACUGCAAAUCAAUUUUCACAAUUACGGUGAAACGCUUGGAACUCGCGUAGUUCAGUAUUGCAAUAUUGUUUCAGAAUUGCGGAAAACUCAUGAACCUGUCCAUCAAAUCCCUUUUGGAUGGGAGAGAUGGAAAAGAAAAGAUGUCCCGCAAGAAAUGGCGGCAUAG